ACACAAGCAGAGCUGGGUAAAGGCGACGCGGCGCCUUUACCACUGAGAAUUACAACACGUCCGUGAAAUGUGGCUGUAAACUGGCGUCUGGUGCCUUGCAGAGGUCGUAAUGUUACAGACGGGGCAAAUUUCAUUAAAGCUAAUCGUUGCUGGAGCCUGGGGCAGCCGCAGGAUCAGCGGGAAAUUGCCAGCUCCAUUUCCAGGCGAGGGCGAGGUAGUCUGCAGUUGUGUUUCACGCGUAGUCGACUAAGGAUAGUGGCAUGAAAUUCCCUUGAGCGGUGCUUAUCUGAUGCUAUAAUGUGCUGAGCAGUCACUAUGGGCAGGCGAUACCCAGGAGUUUAUCAUCGUCCAAAUAGUGAAUUUGAAGACUCUGUGGACACUAUGUCAGUGUUCCUUGCCACCGCCAACAGUCAAACCGAUAUAGUGAAUCGCAACAGUGCAGCUACUCCACCAAACACACUUAACCUUCGUUCUUCCCACAAUAAAUUAGUAAACUCGGGAAUAAAGAGCACAGAAAUCAAGAACAAUACUCCUCCAAAAUGCAGGAAGAAAUACGCCUUGACUAAUAUUCAGGCAGCAAUGGGCCUGGGAGACACAACAGCAGUACCAGUUACAGCAAACAAUACCAAUUCCAAACUGGCAAAGAACGGAGAAAACCAGCUGCGCAAGGCCGCAGAGCUAGGCCAGCAGGACAUGAACAAAAACAUCAAUGCAAAUGAUGUCAAAAACAUAAUUUCAGAAAAAUUGGAAGGCAAGGAGCCAAACUUGCAAGAUCCAUCUUCCACUGAGCCCUUGACAACGCAACCAAGGAAAAGCAAGAACUUUCUCAAUUACUAUGCAGACCUAGAAUCAUCCACCCGUGAAUCAGAGCAAAAUAAUGGCGUUGGCUCGGGUGAGGAAAAUGCUGAACUGUUUCAUGAUAAAUCUACAGCGAGCAAUGAUGUGGUCAGUGAUGAAAGUUCGUCUGCCAGUCCUGAAGAUUGUCAAAUGGCCACUAUUUCCUCCAGUUCUGAAACAAAGAAGGCUCCAUCCAGAUUUGGAGGGAAAACUGACUGUGCAUUAAAUAAAAUGCAGAACGUGGCUCCCAGUGAUGAAGACUCAAGUUGGACCACCCUGUCACAGGACAGUGCUUCAUUGAGCUCACCUGAAGAAACAGACAUUUGGAGCGAUCAGUCCUUUCAGACUGACCCUGAUCUUCCACCAGGAUGGAAGAAGAUCAACGAUGUUGCUGGCAUCUAUUAUUGGCAUAUACCUACAGGCACUACCCAGUGGGAGAGACCAGUGACAUCAGCAGAGGUCCCAGACAUACGAAAAGGGUCAUUGUGUUCAAUAACACCCUCCCCCACUCCGGAAAGCGAGAAACCAUGGGCUGACUUUGCUGUACUGAAUGGUGGAAAGAUUAAUAGUGAUGUUUGGAAGGAUCUCCAUGCUGCCACUGUAAACCCAGAUCCAAGCCUGAAAGAGUUUGAAGGAGCAACAUUGCGCUAUGCUUCCCUGAAACUGAGAACAAUACCACAGUCUGAGGAGGAUGGUUCGUGCACUAUCAACAGUGACCCAGAAGCGAAGUGUUUUGCUGUGCGUUCCCUGGGAUGGGUGGAAAUGGCAGAGGAAGACCUGGCACCUGGAAAGAGCAGCGUCGCUGUGAACAACUGCAUUCGACAGCUCUCCUACUGCAAAAAUGACAUCAGGGAUACCGUUGGGAUUUGGGGAGAGGGUAAGGAUAUGUACCUCAUCCUGGAAAAUAACAUGCUGGAUCUAAUUGACCCCAUGGAUCGCACUGUCCUGCAUUCUCAGCCAAUUGUGAGCAUUCGGGUGUGGGGUGUUGGCCGUGACAAUGGGCGAGAGAGGGAUUUUGCCUAUGUAGCAAGAGAUAAAGAUACACGGAUUCUAAAAUGCCAUGUGUUCAGAUGUGAUACACCAGCAAAAGCCAUCGCAACCAGUCUUCACGAAAUCUGCUCAAAGAUUAUGGCAGAACGGAGAAACGCCAAAGCUGUGGCUUGCAGCGUCUCUCAGGAAAGAGUCAACGUGAACCUUGAUGUUCCUCUGCAAGUAGAUUUCCCAACACCAAAGACGGAGCUGGUACAGAAAUUUCACGUUCAGUAUGUCGGUGUCUUACCUGUGGCCAAACCAUUAGGAAUCGAAAUAUUGAAUGGAGCUAUUGAGAGCUUAAUGACCACAACUAACAAGGAAGACUGGAUUUCUGUGAUUAUGAAUGUUGCUGAUGCCACUGUUACUGUGAUAAGGCAGAAGCAGGAUGAAGAUGAGGUUUUGUUGGAGUGCCGUGUUCGUUUCCUGUCAUUUAUUGGAGUGGGGAAGGAUAUCCAUACGUUUGCCUUUAUUAUGGACGCAGGAAAUCAGCGCUUUGAAUGUCACGUCUUCUGGUGUGAUCCGAAUGCAGGAAAUGUUUCUGAGGCCGUGCAAGCUGCAUGUAUGCUUCGGUACCAGAAAUGCUUAGUAGCCAGACCACCUCCUCCAAGGAUGUGCCCUCCAGGUCCUCCAACAGACUCUAUGACAAGGCGUGUCACAACCAGUGUAAAACGUGGAGUUUUAUCCCUCAUUGACACUUUGAAACAAAAGCGGCCAGUAUCUGAAUCACCAUGAAGAGAAUCUAGAUAGAUGCUUUUAGACACCAGAGUCUAGUAAUGACUGACAUAACACAUGAUCCAUGCAGAUGUUGGGCCUUCGAGUUAUAUAUGCUGAUCCUCUUCAACAUAUAUUAUUUAUUGUCAGAUUUAAUGUAAGCAUGUUAUUUCAUUCCUUAUCAUGGCAUCGUAUUGAGAGGCGCAUGAAUAACUUUCUGCUAACAGCAUUUGAGUUCAUUAAUUGAUGGAAGGUGUCUGGAAUUUCUUUAAGCCCUGGACUAAGUGGCUCCCAGUUUGUCUCACUGACUACAAAAGCUGGAAUUCUCACAACCAACAUUACACCAAAAGUAUUUACUAGUGCACUUUUUCUGUCACUGUCACUGGUGUAACAUUGUGGUGUAUGGUCUGUAAUAGAACUCUUUCUUUUCAGUCUGUAGAAACCUGUUGGCCCAUGCAAUUGUGUUACCGCGUGUACCUAAUAAGGUGAUCCACGGUGAUCCCCUGUGAUUUUUCUGUUUGUGGAGGAAGUACCAACUAAAUCAAAUUAGACCAGUGUUGAAACAGGGAUCUGUAGUUUACCUGUUUAGUCAGCAUUAAUAAGCUCAUUUCAUAAUCAUUGUCCUUGCCGUGAUAUAGAUUUUCCCUGUAAACUAGAGGAAAAAUUAGCCAUAAACUUAUAUUGUUAAGUAUUUUUAUUUUCCUAAUGGUUUAUUUUUAUUCAGUAUCACCUUUAUUUAAAAUGUUACAUUUUUGAUAAUUGGAAACAAUGAGUUGAACAAUUUAGUUGGUGGUUGGGCCAUUCAUUGAUGAAUUCCGCAUUAUUGCCUUAUGUCAUAUCAUUUGGAAAUAUGCCAAGAAUACCUGGGAGUAUUCCAGCCCAGCAUGGAACGGAGUUUUGUCUGUUUAUUAAAUACCACAUUUAUCUAUCCCAGCUGGACUGUAUAGUCUCGAUGCCAGUAGUAGCAGCGGGAUGUCCAGAAUAGGGGAGGUUAUAGGGAAGGAAUGAAGUGAAGAGACUCAAUUGAAGGUGCUUGAAUAAUGAAUUACUCACCAUGUUUCACAGAUCACAGAACAGGGAAACUUCAAAUCAUCACAUUUUAUUUGUACUGAACGGCCAGACUGACCUGAACUGCUAAACGCUUUAAACAAAAUCAAUAUAAACAUUUGUGGAGUUUUAUUUUGUCAUCGUAUGAAUUGAGUUGAAUUCCUUGCAAAGGUUUCAGUUGUAAACCAACUGUUGUUACAAAAAUGCAAUUCAAUUGUUUCACUUCAUGUUUUACUUCACCAAUGGAAUUCGGACGUGAAUUAAAGACUGAAUGAAUAAUAGAAUUACAAAGUACAACGAAAAGUAACAUAUUUAUGUCAUUCUCCUAAGGAAUAGAAGGUACAUGAGUCAGAUCAGGGGGCAAAUAGGUUUCACCUGAGAUGAAAAUCGCUAACAAUGCAACAUCCAAUUCAAUGUGAGUGGUGCUAAUGUAGAAAUUAAUAGCAGUAGUAACUGUAGGGAAGAAGAUUUCUUCUUUGUGACUGUGAGCACAUGCACAAUUCGUGAGUGACAAGUAAAUGCAAAGAGCUACUAAACAGAUUUCACUUUCACAGAAUGGAGGUGGAUGUUAGUAGUGUAUUAUCUGUAGCUAAUGCUUUUCAAGAAAUCCCAGUCUUACUUCCUAUUUUAACUGUAUCAAAAAGUUUUGCUAGCUUCAAAAUGAGUUAACACUGAUGUAUAACUUUUCUUAUUUCACGCUAAAUUGGACAAAAUGUAAAUGUUUUUGCUCGUCUCCAGUUAUUCGGAAAAACAAAUUCAAAUUGUAAGCUCUCUUUUGAAAUCCAGUUUGCAUUGUUGUCCUUGGGAGGAAGGAGAUACUGCAAGUGCAGUUGUAAUUGCUUAAAUCAAAAUGUCUGCAAGCUGCCAGUUCAUAAAUAGAAGCUGCAGAUUGUAGAAGGAUGUUGUAUGUAACACUGGCGAUCAGAAACAAAAUGUAGGUAGAGCUUUUAUAUUUAAAAUAGAUAUUGCAGAAAACACAUCUGUGUAAAAAUGCAGAUUGCAUUUGACCAAAUGUUCUGUACUUGGAAGUAAUCUUUCUGUCAAUUUGGUAAAAUGACCGUAACAAAGCCAUUGGUUUUAUUGUUUCUUCUGUUGCUAUAUAAGGUAAAACUUGUAGAGGAAUAUUAGUACUUAUUUUUUAUUUUUUUAACAAGUAGACUAGCUGUUGUAUCUAGAUUAUAGACAUUAUCUAUGCAUCCAUUAUAAGCAGUGACUUUCUAGAAAAAUCGCUGCGUUACUGCUUUGCAUGCUAUAUAGCCAUUGUAAGCAAGACAGCAAGUGAACUUUCAAAAAAUAUAUUACUGAAAAUA